GACCAUCUCUGAUUAGCAGCAGACUUAUUAUUCUUUCCUUAUUACAUAUUAAAAAAACCACAAACAUACCCUUAGAUACACACACAUGCACUCACAUUUGAAGAUGCAAGAUGAAGAAAGGUACAUGACGUUGAAGGUACAGUUCAAAAAAAGGAAUUCUGUCCGAACAUCCCAACUUAAACAUCAAGAUUGUUCUGUGAUGUUGCACUGGUAUAAAGUCUUAUUGGGGAUAUCUGGAACAGUAAAUGCUAUUCUGGUUUUGACUUUGGUCACCCUGAUUCUGUUAGUUUCUCAGGAAGUGUUGCUAAAAUGCCAAAAAGGAGAUAAUUUAAAUAUCACCCAGCAUGAUGACAUUGGAAAUGGGGAAGUGAAUGGUGACACAAGAGCAAAAAUAAGUAAUAAGGAUGCAAGCCACUGUGUUUCAGGAACUACAGACCAUAAAGGCGUGUGCCCAUCAGAAUGGCUCAAAUAUCAAGAGAAGUGUUACUGGUUCUCUAAUGAAAUGAAAAGUUGGAGUGACAGUCAUGGAUAUUGUUUGAGAAGAAAAUCUCAUCUACUAAUUAUUCAGGACCAACUUGAAAUGGCUUUUAUACAGAAAGCCCUAAAACAAUCAAACUAUGUGUGGAUUGGACUUAACUUUACCUUCCAGAAGAGGACAUGGACCUGGGUGGAUGGUUCUCCAUUGGAUUCAAAUAUAUUCCUCAUAAAAGGACCAGCUAAAGAAAAUAGCUGUGCUACCAUCAAAGAAAAUAGAAUUUACUCUGAAACCUGCAGCAGUGUUUUCAAAUGGGUCUGCCAAUAUUAACACUUUUAAAGUGACAGUGGAAUAAUCAAUGAUCAAAAUUUUUGUCUAACAUUAGUCUUCAGGACUAAGAAUUGAAAACUGCAAUUAAACGCCAACAUCUCUUUUUUCCUUCCAUCAUCUUCUUUAGUCCUAGGCACAGAGCAACCCAUGUUAAUAAUUUAAAAUAUAUCUUGCUGUAUAGCACAGGAAAC